UGAGGAAACAGGCUCGACAGCUGGAAAAUGAACUUGACCUGAAGCUCGUUUCCUUCAGUAAACUAUGUACGAGUUACAGUCACAGCAGUGCCCGAGAUGGAAGACGCGACAGGAAAAACUACCUUGAAAACGUUCCUUAAGAAAUUCUGCAACAAACUGAGACUGACUUUGUGGAAUUACUUCAGCCUAACUGUCCCCUUCACUCUGACACCACACCCCUUUUAAAUGGAUCAAGCCAAGACAGAAUGUUUGAAACAAUGGCAAUUGAGAUUGAACAGCUUUUGGCAAGGCUUACAGGAGUAAAUGAUAAAAUGGCAGAAUAUACCAACAGUGCGGGUGUCCCCUCCUUGAAUGCGGCGCUGAUGCAUACAUUACAGCGACAUAGAGACAUAUUGCAGGAUUAUACACAUGAAUUCCAUAAAACCAAAGCAAACUUUAUGGCAAUAAGGGAAAGGGAGAAUCUCAUGGGAUCAGUACGAAAGGAUAUUGAGUCAUAUAAAAGUGGCUCUGGAGUAAACAACAGACGAACUGAACUAUUUUUGAAAGAACAUGAGCACCUUCGAAACUCAGAUCGUCUGAUAGAAGAGACAAUAAGCAUUGCUAUGGCAACAAAAGAAAAUAUGACUUCACAGAGAGGAAUGUUAAAGUCAAUUCAGAGCAAAAUGAACACUUUGGCCAAUCGUUUUCCUGCUGUGAACAGCCUGAUCCAGCGAAUCAACCUUAGGAAGCGACGAGACUCACUCAUUCUGGGUGGAGUUAUUGGUGUCUGCACCAUCCUAUUGCUGCUGUAUGCUUUCCAUUGAUGGGACAGCUCCGGGACUCUUGACAGCUACCAUUGCGGAUCCAGGCCCUUAUCUGGAAUAAGGAAUGUGGGAAGGAGACAUUGACUGUCCUGGUAAUUAGCCUGACCAGCAGGUUAAUUCAGGGCCAACAGUGAUGGACUCUGUGACAUGGUCAGGUUGAGCUGAAGCCACAGUUUUUCUGUGCUGUUUUUUCUAACACACUUCCUUCUGUUUUUAGUUUAAAAAAAAGAAAAAUAAGAAAAAGUUUUUGGUUGUUUUUGUCUCCCCAGGAGGUAAGUAAACCAAUCAGAAACAGAGUUUCUGUGCUUCAGUGAUAGUGUUGAAGGCUGAUGACAAGCCAGGUCUUAACAGCCGGACCCUUCAGAAAACCAGGCCUCUCUAUCCAAAGACUGCUUUCCUUUUAGCUGCCAGAUUGGGUUGUGAAUAAAAUAGUUCUUGUCCUUUUAUUUUACACUCAUGAUGAAAAAUCACAAAUCACUUUUUAAUAAUCUGCGCUAUAAAUUUCUACUGUGUCCCCAGGUCUUUUGGUAUUGAAGGAAAAAGUCCAUUUUUCACAGAUUUUUUUGAGAUGCUGACAGGCCAACUUCAACAGAGUUGAGGUCUGAAACAAGAAACACAGAAAAAAACCUUUUUAAAAAAUCCUCACCAAGGAUAUGUUUUUAUUGAUAUUUUUUUAGAGAAGAGGAGAGAGAAAUGGCUAUGUGAGAGAGGAACAUGGACCUUGCCUCCCUUCCACACCCCGCCUGGGAAUGGAACCUGCAACUCUGUUGAUGUUCAGCGAUUCUGCCACCGGCCAGGGCUUGCUUGCUUUUAACUCAUGUGCACACUGGGGUUAACUGUGUUGCUGGAAAAACAUCAAGAAUGACAGGCUUUUUUAAGGAGUUAAUUAGUGUUUUGAUUUUUGUUUAUUCCAUUGGGUUAAUAUUUGCUACUAUAAGAAAAUGAAAUUUUAGUUUUACCAGGACAAAAGAAACUAACAGCCAGUGUCUGUCAGUGCCUCCGACUAAUCCUCAUCAUGUCAGCAUUAACACUGAUAACUGAGUGAGAGGACUGCUCAGUUUUCAGUCAGAUUUAUUGAACAAGCCACAUGUAAAAAGCCAUGGGUCGAGGGGUCACCAUUCAGGUAAUUCCAUUUGUAAAUGCUCCACGAUUGAUGAGCAGAAGUUGUAAGAACUACCACCCAAUGUAACAGGAAUUCUGUUCUGUGAAAACCUAUUCAUUCCAAAUCUGCUAAGCUUUUCGAAACAUCCAGAGAGUGGUUUCACUAUUGAAGAUGCAUGUGACAGAGUCUCUCUGUCUGCACCUGUCUUCUGUUACCUCCCUGGACAGUGACAAAAUUUCAAACCACACACCAGAACCCUCUUAAGUUUAACCAUUUCUCAGUUUCUGUGAAUUUAUUACUUAGCUAACUGAACUACCACAAAUAGUUUGAAGACUUUCAACAUCUCACCAAGGAAGAAGCUGCUUUUCACCAUUGGAAUUUAUUAUGGUAUUUACAGUAUUGGCUUCAGACAAUGCCACCGGGUAUAAAAGGAUUCUAGCGUGUAGUUAACUACAUCAUGAUGUGUUUAUGGUGUGUGCUGUUCAGGUGAACUUGAUAAAAGAGGCUGAUGGGUGGACUGACCCACAGUCUAAUACAGAGACAGAGGUUUUUCAUUCUUGUGUCAAAAUUUUGUUAUAUUCUGGGUAUGAAAGGCAUUUGAUAUUUUUUUUUAACUAUGGGGUUUAUUUUUCUAAAUAGGGGUUGAUUAAUCAGUAGUUGAUUGGGGAUGCCCUUAAAAGAAAGUUUAAGUUUUCUCAAUGUGAACCUGCAAGGAUCAGGGAAGUGCAUUUAUUAAAUUCUCUCUUGGGAGAACAAAACUUUUCUCCCCUGACACUUUAUUAUCUUUGAUUUUUCAAAGGGCCUUGAUUGGUGGUUGUACCUCAGCUAGAAUUUAUGGGACUUUGGUUGCUAUAUAGUUGGCAUUUAUAAAAUCUGAAGUUUCAUAAAUAAAAUUAUUUAUUUAAUUAUACUACCAGUCUUUUUUACUGGUCUGAUUAUUUGGUGCAUUCAUCGAAGCUGAUCGUGGGGCAGUACAGCGAGAACCCGAGCUCAUCCAGCUCGUGGCAGCUAAGCAGGCAGACACUGCUGAUGACUGAUGAGCCUUUCCAUUAGGGUUCUAUUUAAGUGAAGUAAUAAAAUUGUGUUGAUUAUUUUCUUUACAAAGAUAAAGAAACUAGUUCUUCCAAGGAAGUUGAGAAGGUGGUGUGGAUGUUGGCUCAGGUAGGUCUGACUAAUCUCCCAGAGCUGUAGCCCAUAGUGAGGUGCCCCAGGGCCAACUGUAGACGGCUGGGACAGUGCUCACCCUCUCUUGGUUCUUUAUUUACAGAAAGGAAACCUGGAACAAGGAAAUAGGACUGUGCCAUUGACAAGUAGAGGCUCAACUGGGAUCCCAUGGUAGCUGUUUGAGGAACUCUCAGUUUCAUGUCAUUUAACUUUUUUUUUUUUUUAACCAUCUUGGUUUUUCUCUUCUCCUUUGCUGUUGUUACUGACCUGUUGGUAGACUCAGGAGCCAACAGUAAGCUACUCUUAGAGCAAGUCAGAACAGAAGAAAUUUUCUAUUUCUAGUCUCAAAUAUUGCCUCUUAGGGGACAAUCCCUCAGCCAUUGUCUUAUAUAAUGAUCUUUCCUUUGGGAUCAUUUUAUAAUCACUCAAAACUUUCCAUUUCACUAAAAAGUAUGAAAAACCAUAUCAACAUAAAAGCAGGACAUUCUAAAAGGUAUACUUCUGAGAUUUUGUUUUAAUGUGUGCUGGUAACUUUAGUAAAAGUUCAUUAUUAAAGUUUAAGCCCAAGUAGCCAAGUGCUUGAGUCACCCUGUCCUGGCUAUCUCUGCGUUCUAUAUUAUCAUUACUGUUAGAUGCUGGAGAAUUCCCUGUAACCUGCAUUGCUCACCCUUUAUUUGUCUCAUGUUAGAAAAGGAUUUACCUUCUCCACUCUUGUUCUCUCCUUUGUACCAACAUUCACUUUACAUAGAAUGCCAUUUUCCACGCUGCCCAGUCCUCGGAUCAGGCAUGGGAGUAAAAUCCUGAGAAUGGAGAUGAGUGAUGAGAGGAGAGACAUCACAAGGGUACUUUUUAUACCUAGAACCAAAUAUGUUUACUUCAGCUCUUUCCUGUUGGAUGCCGAAUGCAUCUGAAUAGAGAAAUGUACCCAUUGAGCCUUUUGGCCUGUAAGGAAUUGAGGCAUCUUGGAAUUGCAUUUCCACCAUUACUUUUCUAUUUCACUGUUAAUGAUCUCAACUUGGUAAAAGGACUUUAAAGAACUGGAGUAGCCUUUUUUGUUUCUAAUUCCUUAUGUUUGAUCAUCAGCCAAAUACAAUUUCUCGGAAAUUGAGAUUGCUAACUUGCAAUAUUAAGCUGAUGAGGAUAAAUGGCCAUGUCUGAUGUUACAUUGAAUUUUGUGGCAAAUGUAACUAAAGAACAAAUGGAUCCUAUUUAGAAAGUUAGAAUGGUUGUAUUACAUUCUCCUUUCGGGUUAGGGGCUGUUUAGCCUGGUCUCCAAAAAGAUGCAGAGCUUUACAUCAUGGUCUUUAUAAACUAAUCUUGUUAUUUCUUUAUACAUCUGUUGCACAUCCUUAAGUCUUACAGGGGGAAGAGAAUGAGGAAGGAACAAGGGACUCUUCAGGUUGUUAAUUGGAUAAGAAGCUGAGCCAUGUCUUUCUCAUUUUCUUUGUACAUAAGGCCUCACUUUAGUAUCAAAGUAUUGGCAUUUAUUGCCAUCCUAUUAGCUCUCAGAGAGGGAGGGAAAUCAAUUCCAAUCACACUUGACCAUGAUGGAAGAUGUUUCCUCGUGAAAAAUGCCAAUACAGAUUUUUUAAAAAUCUAUUCCAAAUGCACUUUCUAAUUUUUUGCUUUUAAAUGGCUUCUUGGAACCAGUUUAAUUGUAUUUGUAUUUAAUUUUUGUUCUCAUCUAAAUGUGCA